UGUAAGACACAAGCAACACGACAUUCAGGGUAUGACAUGGCGUUACGAGUUAAUAUUGGAAACGUACUGAUAUGCACUUUUGUAUGGUUAACGAGCAUCUGUCAACGAACAGAGGCUAUACACCUGGAGAAACUGUCCACUAUCUAUCUACCCCAUAACUACGUGGACGGAGUGGGGCAGUACCUUUACAACGAGGGACGCCGCAGAACAGUCUACGUACGACGAGCAUCAUUUCAUUGUCUACACAAUAGGACGAGAAAUACUCCAUGGAAUAGACAUAACAAACGUCACAAAUCCAGAUAUCGUAUUUAAGAGUCAGUUCCAGGACGUCCAGCUGAGGGCGAUCGAGUUUUGUGAUCACUAUUUGUUUAUUUCAAUGAUGAGAAACGAUGAGGCUGGUCGUGUGGAGAUAUACCGAAUAGAGCAUGCGACUACCGAGACUCACGUCCUAGUACACAAUAUCACAGUUGGCGUUCGACCAGACAUGAUUUUGUCUACCUCUGAUUGUCGCACUGUCGUUGUUUCCUUGGAAGGCAACCCUUACAAUAACGGUUCCCAUUUCGUCGAUCCAGAGGGUGCUGUCGGAAUCAUUCGGUUUACCGAUGCAUCCGGAAUAGCGGGACAAUACCAGUACACAGAACUUGACUUCACAAAGUUUAACAAUCAAUGGCAGAACCUAGUAUCAAGUGGAGUCCGGUUUGUCUACAGGGAUAACAAUAAAUUCUCCAAUGAUUUGGAACCGGAGUAUAUCGCAUUUAACAACGAUGAAAGCAUUGCCUACAUAUGUCUGCAGGAAAACAAUGCAGUGGCGGUGUUAAAUCUAUCUAUUCCCGAUAUCACGGCCAUCCAUCCUCUUGGUUAUAAAAACUGGACCAAUUCAAAACUUGAUGUCAGCGAUAAAGACGGAAGUAUUAACAUUCGUUCGUGGCCAGUAAUGGGUAUGUACCAACCAGACGCCAUCAAGGUUGUUAUGAUCAAAGGCAAGUCGUACCUUCUCACGGCGAAUGAAGGCAGCACAAAGGAUUACUCCGAUAUCGCAGGAUCAGGUGGCUUCAACGAAGAGUCAAGGGUGGCUGAAUUAACCAUAGAUGAUCACAUUGAUGCAUCAGCACUUGUACCAUACUGGGCUAGUCAAAACGGAUUUCUAUGGAAUCUUCAAACUAACAAAAAUUUGGGACGUCUUGAGGUCAGUAACCUGGAAGGGAAGCAUGGGGAUGCAUAUGACGAUCUGUAUACGUUUGGCGGCAGAAGCAUAUCUUUAUACGACCUUAGCAACUUUAACCAAGUUUACGAUAGCGGAAGUGAGGUAGAGGAAAUGAUUGCACAGCACCGAAGUGAUCUGUUCAACGCUAACGGAAAAUCGAAAACGACUGUCGUAUCCGCGUCAAAAGAUUCCCGAUCUGAUGCAAGGGGUCCAGAAAUUGAAAGUCUAGCUGUACUUGAAGACGGUAAUACGACAGUGAUAUUUGCUGGUAUAGAAAGGCCGGGCCUAAUUGCCGUCUACUCCGUCACUGGGGAUGUGAACUCUGUACAGUUUGAGAGUCUCUGGAGUGGAAUAACUAGGACAGAUGACACGUUCGAAAAUCUGUACAACCAGCGCCUCAUCAGUGAUGUCGGCCCAGACGAUCUCAGGUACAUCCCCGCACAUGAGAGUCCCAACAACAUGCCACUUCUACUGAGCACGGCGUCUGGCAGUGGUACAGUCUCAGUGUUACAGAUAAAAGGUUUGAGUGGUUCAGGCAGCAGUGGCAGUGCCAAAUAAAUUUCGUGGAGGCACGUACAAUGCAUGUGCCAAAAACUUAUUUCAACGUCUAAAGUGUUUUAGUUGAAAGGGAGAUAACUGUGUUAGGUUUCAUGUAAUUAUGAAUUCUAUAACAAUUGCAUGUGAUGAUGCGACGCCAUCCUAAAAUAUCACAAAGCUUAUAUAAAAUAAUGAUGUAUUAGAUUACCACUCGCUUGAUUCAGAGUACUAGAUUGCCUACCCACACUACUACAUGUAUCCUCUGUGGAAAAUGCUGUAUAUUGCUUUUCUCUAGGCAUCGAAUGACUGGAAUUCGCCGGGGACAGGAAAACACUACAUUAUUUUAAAACGUAGUCAUAUCAUUGCUGUUCGUAUUAGCUAUGCCACAAUGUAUGUAAAGAUUUGUAUAUAUUUUUUCAUGCAUCAACAAAAUGUUGUUCACUCUGGAUUUAUUUCAUUUUCAAUAUUUGUUGUUUUAUUUUAGCGUUGAUGGAUAUCAAAACUUUUGUCCGAUUGAAUUCGGUUUUUAUCUUUCGUCCUCUUUGUUCUCACAACAGAAGGCAUACAGACAUAGCAGUGAAGUCGAACUGAGCAAUUAUUCUCAUCAAGAUUAGGAAUUCCGCAGUGAUUGAGUGUGACUGCAAACUAUAAACCCGUUUUGAGUAAGGAACAUGUUAACGUCUAAUUUGAAUGUUUAUCCAUGCAACAAUGAUAUUACUUAUUUGUACAAGUUCACUUUUAUCAAAAUAUCUACCAUUAUAGUUUUUAUUUCCAGUACCGAGGUAAGCUUUAUGGUGGAAAUACGCUGAUGCAUAGUUAAAAAAAAUGUCUGCCAGGUUAUUUAUCAUUAAAUAUGAUUAACUGAG